CCCCUCUCUCUCUCUGCAACUGCUAACUUGUAUGUAUGGGUUUUGUUUUAAAUUUUUUUUUUUUCUAAAUCAACUAAUCAAGCUUGUAAUUCUUGUUUUGCAAACUAAAUCCUAGGCAAAUCAUUUCAGCCUCCCCAAUCGCCUCCAUCUCUAUUCUCGUUCUCAACUCUGAACUUGCCCCCUCUCUCUCUGCAACUGCAAAUUACAAGAAUCAGAAGUUCAAAACCCAUAUAUUUGAGUUUAUAUAUCUGUCUGCAAGAAUCAAAAGUUCAAAACCUAUUACCUAUAUCAAAACCCAUAUCGGUAUAUCAUCUCAGAUUGUUCAAAAAAUCAAAACCCAUAUCUUUCAGUUUCCAUCGCCCACUGUUCCAGUUCGGGUUCGCCGUUUGCUGUCUCUCAACUCUCAAGCUUGCACUCCUCUCUCUCUGCAACUGCUAACUUGUAUGUAUGGGUUUUGUUUUAAUUUUUUUUUCUGUAAUUCUUGUUUUAUAUGUAUAUGGGUAGAGAUUCCAUUUCGAAAAAAUUGGUUGGAUUUUACUUUCUUCUGUGAGCUAUAUUACACUAUAUAUGUAUGAUUAGAGAUUUAAUAAUCAUUUUGGUUGGUCAGAGACGGAAGAACUUGGAUUUUGCGCUCUCCAUGUUCGACCGUUUGUCACCUCUAAAGGGAAAGAGCAGUCUUCAAAUGUGUAUGUGUGUUCUUGCUCCUAAUACAAGUAGGAAGUAUAGUCGCUACUUAAAUUGUUCUACAGAACCAAAAACUAAAAUUUUGACCCCCCAUAAUCAGAUUGUUUGCAAUCUUCACACUAAUUCUUAUUCCAAAUUCUCAUCGGGUGAAAGUCAUCCUAUCCUCCAAUCAAGUGGGCUUCAACAUUGGUUCAAAAACUGGCAAGAACUUAGAAAAAAUAAAUUGACAGCAAGCACUUUUGGUGGGGCUGUUGGGUUUUGGCCUCGCCGAAGAGUGCAGCUCUGGUUGGAGAAGCUUGGGGCAAUUGAGCCGUUUACCGGAAACUUGGCUACCUGUUGGAACAAUAUCAAGGAAGAGGAAGCUCUUGAAAGAUACAAGCUGAUAACGGGAAAUGCUGUUUUGUUUCCAGAGUUUCAGGUUUAUGGGGAGAAUAAUCCAGAUGAUGAUUGGCUUGCAGCUUCACCAGAUGGUGUAAUUAACGAGCUUGUUUAUGGUUUGCCUUCCAGAGGAGUCCUGGAGAUCAAGUGCCCAUUUUUCAAUGGUGAUAUGAGCCAGGCUUUCCCGUGGUCGCGGAUCCCUCUUUAUUGUGUCCCACAAGCUCAAGGCUUGAUGGAAAUAUUGGACAGGGAUUGGAUGGAUUUUUAUGUCUGGACUCCUAAGGGGAGCAGUUUGUUUAGGUUACACCGCGAUUUUGAAUAUUGGGAUGUUCUGAAGAUAGCACUAUCUGACUUCUGGUGGAAUCAUGUCCAACCUGCAAAAGAAUUGUACGAUAAAUCUGCUAUUACGAAUCCCCUUACUCAAUUAAAAUCACUCAGGCCAGAGCCCAGGCACGAGUUAUGUAGUUAUAUUGUUUACGAGAGCAAACGUCUUGUUGAUAACUCUGACUUGUUGAUGCGUGAAAUUCAUGGCAAAUUGCUAAAGUGAUGCAUUUUGAGAUUUCACUGAGUUCCAAUGGAAUUGACUAUCAAGGAGUCAGAUAUUACGAAUAGAAUGUUUUGAAGGAAUUUAAACUUGCAUUUCUAGGCAUGAUAUAAUAUUAUAAUGUAAAUAGGUAUCAUUCCUUAAGUUGUCCAGAUAAGCUUUGUUGGGCUGUUCAGUACUCACAAGUCGCAACAAAUACCAGUUUCUCUCCAUCAAAAGACAGCAGAAAUACACUCCUGUUGAGCUACCAGUGGAUGAGUUCCUUUUCCAUCUAAAGACAUGGAUGAUUGAUAAUGGCUCUCCCUUCAAAGAUUGACAUGGGUUUACAAUCACCAUUCUACAUUAUGAGUUGAGAAUUGGCUGAACUCUGGAUAUUUGAGUUCUUGCUAGAUGUCCAAACUGCUUACGAGGAGUUCAAAGAGAAGUGGGAAGUCCUAACUGAGGCUGCUAAGCUUUUGGAGGCAACAGGUACUGGUGCAGAGGAAGCAGAAUACAAGCAUCUUCCUGGUUGUCCGAGCAAUGUCACUCAAGUGGAGACCAAAGAUUCUGCAGAACCAGAGGUGACUAUAAUUGAGAAUGUUUUCUGGAAGGAAUUUGGGCUUCUUGUUCUUGUUUGGAAUUCCUUGCUCGUACUGCAGAUCACCAAGGGAAUUGAUAUAUCCGAGGCUUGGACACAUACGUACACCCAAGACACGUAACUGAGUACAUGUAAUAUAGGGAUGGAAGAAUUAUCGGUGAUGACGGAGUAGAUAAACCUUCAUUUGUCUUAAAUUGGUGCCUAUUAGAGACACGAGAUGACGUCAUCUUCAUCAAAGAAAGAAAGAAAAUAGUUUUAACAAGGGGGAGCUUUAGAAAGUGUUGGUGGACAUUUUAAUAGAUGUUCUGCUUAUAUGUUGUAGCCAUGUUUUUUUUUUGCCUUGGGUUAUUUUGUAUAAACUUUAGGAAGUGUGGAUGAAUUAGUCUAGGGUAAGAUUUUUAUAUAGCUAUAAACAUUCUGUUUUAUUUUCCGGUUUACCCACAAUACCUUUUAUUGGGUAAGUUAAGAUGUUUAUAUAGCAUAUAACUUAUUUAUUAUAGUAUUUUGGAAUGGCUUACGAAUU